AUGCGCCGGUUACUGCCUUCUUCCAUCUCCCCGUCCCCUUCGUCCGAGAUCGAGGAUAUUGCACAUAUCGAAACCACGCAAAAUGAGGGAGCUGAUGAUGUAUCUUCUCCUUCUAUGGAUGGUGAUUGUGCUGAGAUGAUUUGCACAGAGGGGGUGGGGAUAUCUACUUCUCGGUCUCAGUGUCCGUCGGCGCUUCCGGAUAAGAAAGUAGAUUGGGAGCAGGUAUUGGCUGCUUACGAAGCUGGAUUCUUGCAGGGAAACUUUGUUUUGCAGGAAACUCAAAGUGACUGGGACUCGGGUCCGAUGAAUGAUGUCCUUAUGAAUGAUCUUGAUGCUUUGCUCAGAUUUUGA